CUAGCUCUCUUUAGCUACCCACAACAAACCACCUAAAACCACAACAAUCACACAAAGACCCCCUCUUUGAACCCUCAAAACCCCUCCUCUCACCCGUUCAUCCCACCCUAUAACCGCCGAACUCAAUCCCAUCUAGCCGCCUACGGGAGGUGCGAGCCGUACCGGAUUUUACCGCCGAUGACCGAAUCGUAUAUCUUACGCGUCCACCACCCACUACUACCACCCUCGCAUCGAUCGACCUACUUCUAACUCCCUCACCCACACCGAGCGAAUUCUUUUUAUACAUCUCCCCCCUCUUUCCCUUUCCUUCAGAUCUCUCUCUCCAUUAUAUCUCUCCCCGACCUAGAUACACCAUGGACGAACAGUUGGCGCAAGCCGUCGCAGCCGAGGCUCCCACGCCCGCUCCUGUGGCCACAACCGCUGCUACUGCCGAACCUGUAGCCACCACCACCACUACCGCCGCUACUACUGCCGAACCUACUGCCGCUCAGCUUCACCCCGUCGAGGAGCAGGAGCACCAGAUCAUGGUGGACGAGAAUGACGCGCUUGCCGACUUUGAUGAUGAGGCCUUCGAUUCAGGUAGUUCCGCCGGCGGCAGCGCCUUCACCUCCAUAACAUCGUCCGUGCUGCGCGGCGAGGUCGCCGAGGGCGGCAGGACAUACGCAGUCUACGGGAAAGAGGAAUAUGGACUCCCGAUGGACGACACGGAGUUGAACCGCUUGGACAUGUCGCAUGCCAAGUACUAUGGGCUUAUUGAGAAGAAACGCUUUUUGGCUCCUAUUGGGGAUUCCCCGCAGAAGAUCCUGGAUCUGGGUUGUGGAACUGGAAUCUGGUGUAUCGACGUCGCUGAUGAAUAUCCAUCCGCCGAGGUCAUUGGAGUUGACAUCGCACCCACCCAGCCAGAAUGGGUCCCCCCGAACUGCCGCUUCGAGCUCGACGAUAUGGAAGAGCCCUGGAUGUGGAGUAAGAAUAGCUUCGACCUCAUCUUCCUCCGCGACCUAAUCUACUGCAUCCGCGACUGGCCUAAGCUGAUAGACCAGUGCUACACCCACGUCAAACCCGGCGGCUGGGUCGAAUUCCAAGGCAUAACCGCCCUCCUCGGCAGCGACGACAACACCGUCCCCCCCGGCGGCGCCCUCGAACAAUUCACCUCCAACCUGAUCACCUCUUCCCGCAUGUUCGGCACCCCCAUCGACGACCCGAUCCGCUGGAAAGGCUGGUUCGAAGAGCGCGGUUUCGUGGAUAUCACUCUCAAGAUUUUUAAGCUGCCCAUUAAUACGUGGCCAAAGGAUACGCGGAUGAAGGUCCUCGGGGCGUGGGAGAUGGAGAAUCUGUUGAGUGGGAUGGAGGUUAUGACGAUGAGGGUUUUUGUGAAGGCGUUGGGGUGGACGGAGGAGGAGGUGCUUGUGUUUUUGGUGAAUGUUAGGAAGGAGGUUAAGGAUAGGGGGAUUCAUGCUUGGUUUCCUUUCUAUGUAAUCACAGCCCGCAGACCAGAGUAGGGCGAGACGGCCUAGGGGCCUUGAGUGAGUGAGUGUAGGUAUGGCGCAGUAGGGGACAGAGGAAA